UACCAUAUGACGAGUAUUAAAUUAGAUUGUGGCCAAACAUUGACAAGUUAAAAACAUAAAAACAUUAACAUUAAUAAGAUGGAGUUCCAGUUAAUUGAAUUUGUUAAAGAAAAUCCUAUUUUAUACGAUAAAAAAUAUCGAAGCAUGACUUACAAGGAUCAAAAAGUUAGAAAAUGGAAUGAGAUUGCCAGAAAGCUGCGCAAAGACCCCAACGCAGUAAGACUUAAAUGGAAAAGUCUGCGUGAUACAUUUAAAAAAAGGCUACAACGAAAAGCUGACGAAUGCGAAGACAUAACACCCUCAAAAACCUGGAAAUAUAAUGAGCACUUACAGUUCUUAAAAGAUCAAUAUCCUGAACCAGAAGAAUUUAAGAUGGAAGAAGUGGAAAUACUGCAGGAAGAGUUAGAAGAACAAAUACAGGAGGAAAUGCAAGAGUUGCAAGAAGAAGAUGAAGACCAAUUUCAAUCGAAUGAACCCGAUUUUGAAGUUGAAAACUUUAAUUUGAAUGAGUAUUUGAAAAAAUUCGACAUUUCAAAUAAUGCCGGCAACGCAACAAGUACCGAAGAGCAACCAAAAAAGAAGAGGCUGGACAAAGAUAGCAUUAUAUCGGAAGCUUCACACGAAAUGGCAAUCCUGUUAGAAUGUGCUAAACAACAUUUUACGCCGCCUUCUGCGACACAAAUAUUUUUCAACUCUAUGGCCUUGCAAGUUGAGGAAGCGAAAUUACCUCCCAUAGAACUAAUGCGUUUGCAGCAACGAGUGUUGGAAGCGGUCACACAAGAAAUUGUAAUGUGCCAGGAUGGGCAAAAUGGGGCUACUUAUGUUAUACAGAUGUAAUGCGAUGUGUUGCUACACCAAUUAUUAACAUCUUUUUUUUAUACAAGUAUGAAUAAAUAACUAGUUGUGUUUAAUUUUAAAUGAUAAUAUUAAA